AUGGCAAACAACCUACAAUCCUUUCAAGUCUCGAUUCUCAACAAGAGCAACUUCGAUAAUUGGAGUAUUAAAAUGAAGGCUCUACUAGGAGCUCAUGAUGUGUGGGAGAUUGUAGAGAACGGGUACGAGGAACCGCCGGAUGAAGCAACACUAUCCCAACAACAAAAGGAAAGGCUAAGGGAUUCAAGGAAGAGGGAUAAGAAGGCUCUCUUCCUUAUCUACCAAGCAUUGGGAGAUGACGAUUUCGAGAAGAUCUCAAGCGCAUCCACCUCGAAAGAAGCUUGGAAUAAGUUACAAGUCUCGUGCAAAGGCGUCGAGCAAGUAAAGAAGAAAAGGAUGAAGGGCCGAGCAACAAUUGUGGUGAAUAUUGGAGAGGUCGUGGCCAAGGACAAGGUCGAGGCCGAGGACGCGGACGAGGUGGCUAUACCAAUUAUGAAAAGAAAGAGUACGGUCGAGGAAGGAGCAACCAAAAAUCGAGAGAAGGCAAAUUUCGUCGAGAGCAAAGAUGAAGCCAAAGCAAGUUUGCUUAUAGCUUACAAAGGAGAAGAAGGAAGACAAGAUGACACUUGGUACCUCGAUACCGGAGUGAGCAACCACAUGUGUGGAAAAAGGAGUAUGUUUGUGGAGCUCGACGAGUCGGUAAGCGGGAAUGUCUCAUUUGGUGAUGAUUCUAAAAUUCCAGUCCAAGGAUAA